GGCCGGUGGCGGGAGCAGCAUGGAUUGGGGCACCGAACUGUGGGACCAGUUUGAGGUGAUGGAAAGGCACACACAAUGGGGCCUGGACCUGCUGGACAAAUACGUGAAGUUUGUGAAGGAGCGUACAGAGAUCGAGCAGAGCUACGCCAAGCAGCUGAGGAGUUUGGUGAAAAAAUACCUGCCCAAGAGGAACAUCAAGGAUGACCCCGACUCCAAGUUCAGCCAGUACCAGUCGUUCGUGCAGGUGGUGAGAGAGCUGAACGACUUUGCGGGGCAGAGGGAGGUGGUGGCCGAGAACCUGACUGUGCGUGUGUGUGGGGAGCUGGCCAAGUACUCGCAGGAGUUCAAACAGGAGAGGAAGAUGCAUUUCCAGGAGGGCCGGCGAGCUCAGCAACAGCUGGAGAACGGGUUCAAACAGCUGGAGAACAGCAAGCGCAAGUUUGAGCGAGAUUGCCGGGAGGCGGAGAAGGCAGCACAAACAGCUGAACGGCUGGACCAGGACAUCAACGCCACUAAGGCUGAUGUGGAGAAGGCAAAGCAGCAGGCCAACCUGCGUAGUCACAUGGCAGAGGAGAGUAAGAAUGAGUACGCAGCCCAGCUGCAGCGGUUCAACCGUGACCAGAACCAGUUCUACUUCACUGAGAUGCCCCAGAUCUUUGAUAAGCUGCAGGACAUGGAUGAGCGGAGGACAGCACGGCUGCGGGAGGGAUACGGGGUGUUCUCAGAGACGGAGCUGCAGGUUGUGCCCAUCAUUGGCAAGUGCCUAGAGGGCAUGAAGGUGGCAGCUGAGGCCGUGGACGAGAAGCAAGAUUCCCAAGUACUGAUUGGCCUCCACAAGUCCGGCUUUGAGCGGCCAGGAGAUGUAGAGUUUGAGGACUUCAGCCAGCCCAUGAACCGCACCGCCUCUGACAGCAGCCUCGGCACCCCUAAAGGCCCCCCUGAAGGGCGCCCUGACCCUCGACUGUUGGCCAGGAAUAGGGGCAAGCGCUGGCCCUUUGGAAAGAAGAACAAGCCGCCCCCCCCGCCCCUGUCCCCCAUGAGUGGCCCCCCAUCCUCGGCAGCCGCUAACGGACCCCCAUCCCCCCGGUUCAGCCGGGACCCCCUGUCUUACUGUCUGAAUGAGAUCAAUAAGACAGUCAAACCGCGGAUCUCCUCCUUCCGCAGCCUCCGGCACCGGGGGACGGUGGUCACUGAAGACUUCAGUCAUUUACCCCCUGAGCAGAGGAGGAAGAAAUUACAGCAGCAGAUUGAGGAGAGGAAUCGGGAGCUGCAGAAAGAAAUUGACCAGAGAGAAGCCCUGAACAAGAUGAAGGAUGUGUACCAGAAGUCACCUCAAAUGGGCGACCCCAACAGCCUGGAGCCCAAGAUCUCAGAGACCCUGGGCAACAUCGAGAGGUUGAGACUGGAGGUGCAGAAGUAUGAGUCAUGGCUGGCCGAAGCAGAGAGCCGCGUGCUGGGCAAUCGGGGCGACAGUCUCCGUCACAGCCGCCCCCUGGAGCCUCCCAGCGUCCCCGUCCCCAUGGCCGACCCCGACAAUAACAAUGGCUCCCAGGACAAGGACAGCCCCGAGGCCCCACCCUCAGACGACGGCCAGGACACCCUCAACCAGCCAAUCUACACGGAAUUCGACGAGGACUUUGAAGAGGACCCCGCUUCUCCCAUCGGCCACUGCAUCGCUGUGUAUCAAUUUGAAGGGUCCAGCGAGGGCACCAUCUCCAUGACGGAGGGGGAGGAGCUGAGUCUGAUGGAGGAAGACAAGGGGGACGGCUGGACACGGGUGCGCCGGAAGCAGGGGGGUGAGGGUUAUGUGCCAACCUCUUACCUCCGUGUCCACCUGAAUUGAGCCUACGGGCGUCAGGGAGCUGGGGAUGAGACCGGGAUCGGCCCCCCUCCCUCCUCCCCUCCCUUCCCCCCUCCAAAGCCCCAUCCAGGGCAGAGGGUGGGACUGGGUAAGGGGCUCACCCCAGAGGGUGAGUGUUGAUUUGGUGUCCAGGCUCUUCCCGUAGCGACCCCAGGGUCCGGGAGAGGAAAGGAGCUGGUCACAAAGGGCCUGAGCCUCCCUAGCCCUUUGCAGGCUGAAUAGGGAUGUGGAGGUUACAACCAGUGGAGGGGAGCUCUUGCAGGAAGGGGGUGGGGGGGCGUGGGCGAGAAGGUGUCAGGUUUGCCGUCAGAGGCAGAGGGGACGGUUGGGUCAAGGCCCCCUCCCUAAAGUCAGUAGUGGGGGUUAGAGCCACAAGAGGUCACGGUGCCUGCCCCUGGUGUCCCUCAGGUAGCCAGCCCUGGGUGAGGGCAGCAAGCCAGGACCCUGAUGGAGCUGGGGUGGCUCGUGGUCUGUGUCACUCCCACACUAUGCACUUUAUUUUGAAGAACUGCUGCACGCAGUUACCUGCCUAGGUCUGGGCCCAAGCUGAGCCUCUGGGGCUCGAGCAGAUUUCCUGACCCGGUUGGCUGUGCCCACACCAUCCCCAUUCCAGCUCCCCUUCCUGCCUGCUGCUUCAGCCUGUAAGCCAAGUAAGCAGUCUCUCCUGUCCCUGUCCCCCCAGCAUGGGGUACCUUCCCCUGCCUCAGAGCCAUAGAAUGUAUCUCUGGACCCUCCGGUGCCUUUUACACUUUAUGUAAAUAGUGAAAUUUGGGUUUUUCUGCCUCAAGUGCGGUUUUAAAAAAAAAAAACAAACAAAAACAAACCAAAAC